UCACGUUAAGAGUCGCUUGAAGAUACACGAAAUUCUGAACGUGGUAAAGUUUAUAGUGCAUUUGUGUACCGAAAAGUAAAAAGAUACAUUUUCAUCGUGUAUAAAAAUCAGAAUCGAAAUUUCUAAAUCCGACGGAAUUUUGAAUCGUAUAUUCCGCGAAAUGAGUUCUUCCGAAAUAAUUGAGUUAAAUGUUGGCGGCGUUCAUUACUCGUCAACCUUAGCAACGCUCACAAAUGAAAAAUCUUCCCUGCUCUGUGAGAUGUUUAGUAAUCCCGACAGUUUAACCAAGGAUAGCAAAGGUCGUGUGUUUUUGGACCGCGAUGGAGUCCUAUUCCGCUACAUCCUAGACUACUUGCGGGACAAGGAACUCAACUUGCCCGAAGGAUUUCGGGAAAAAAUUCGUCUCCACAAAGAAGCUGAAUACUAUAAAUUAAGUGGCAUGCUUGAAUGCAUGAAGUCUGAAUUGGACUUAAAACCAAGCGGAAGCAUUACAAUUGGCUACCGUGGAAGCUUUCAAUUUGGCAAGGACGGUCUGGCAGAUGUGAAAUUCCGCAAGCUGUCUCGUAUUUUAGUGUGCGGAAGAGUAGCACAAUGCCGUGAUGUAUUUGGAGACACGUUGAACGAAUCCCGAGAUCCCGAUCAUGGUGGACCAGACCGCUACACAUCACGAUUCUUCCUGAAGCAUUGCUUCAUCGAACAGGCCUUCGAUAUGUUGCAUGAGCAAGGUUUCCGAUUGGCUGGCAGCUGUGGUUCCGGAACAGCUGGAUCUAUUGCGGAACCCAAGCCUGGCGUCGAUGCCGAAGAGAACCGAUGGAAUCAUUAUAAUGAAUUUGUUUUUGUUCGUGAUUAAGGACGGAUACGUUGGGAGUCACAGAAAGUUUUAUUGUCUGACCUCCGUGGAGAGUCUGAAAAUUCUCAAAAUUAUCAAGUAGUCCAAAAUUUGUGAGUGAUGUGUUUUUUAAUUUUUGUUUUCGAUAAGGAAGCGCACAACACAUUUCAUCAUCAGAAUAAAUAAUAGAUUUUCAAAAACAAAAUUAAAAACUAAAAUAUCUGUUAGAAAAAUAUCUGCUGGAGUACCUUCAGUUAAAAAAAAUAAAUAUAAAAAUAUAUUUACAGUGGAAGAAAUAUUAGCAAAAGAAAAAAUAAUACAUAUGUAUAUUUUAAUUUGUCAUUGUUUUAAAUGUGUCAUUGCCAAAUGUGGAUUUUAAUGAAUAACUUUUUUCCUGUGUCAUCAAAUGAAUAUCAAAACAAGGAUUAUUUUCAGUGAAAAAUCCUUUAUGUAUUGCACUUUCAAUUGAGGGCAGUUAUGUAUUAUGAUUAUGGUAAGCAUAUACAAUUUGAAAAAAGAUAAAUAAUGCAUCAACUGGUAGUAAUAUUCUCGAUGAUAUAAAUCAACCUAUAAUAGCUGAAUUAAUUAAACUGAUAAGAUAAAAUAGAAUAAAAUCUCAGAGCAUGUGUAUGUAUGAAAUAGUAGAGUUCCAAAAUAUCAGUAUUAAUAAAAUAGAUAAAAUAAUUUGUAUUUGUGUCGAAGACAGCCAGCAAAAUAAUACAAUAAGCUUGUGUAAACGUAAUGAAGAUAUAUGUUCUAUAGUAUUUAGUUUUUUUUAUUAACUUUCAAAGACCAAUUCCUACCCACCGAGAAAAAAUCAUUUAUAGUAUAUGUAUCUAGCUUAAAUAAUAUUUAUUAAAAAGUUUAAGGUUGGCUUUGCUUAAUUACAAAAAAGGAGUUAUUUAAUGUCAUAGAAAAAGAAAUAUAAGCUUCAAGCUCUCUUUGCAUUGAUUUCAAACAUUUCUUCAACAAACUUUUGGAGCACAAAAAACUGACUUUUAAUAAUCUACGAGUAGAAAGAUACCAUAGACAUAGUUAGGUCUUUUGCAACAAGAAUUAACGUAAGAUUAUAUCUCAUAAUCCCUUAAAAACUUUUCGGAAAUAUAAUUCUUCCUCGAUUAUAGGAGCUUCAAGCUCAUUUUCGAAUUGCAAAACGGAUAUUAAUACAAAAUUUCGAAUUAUUUCGACUAUGGUGUAGUCAAAACGAACGCUUAUUUGUAUUGACAUUCAAUUUACGACCUCUGCUCCCACUGCGAUGUUCGUCUUUGCAGGUCGUACGACCUCGUUUAAACUGUGUCACCAAAUAUUUUACUGUUGUAAAGGUAGGAAAAAAAUUCCCCCCAGAGUAUAAUCUAGCUCCGCUUUCAUAUUGGUUGGAUUGAGGCCUUUCAAAUAAUAGUAUUGUAUCACAUAUCGAUGACCAAAUUUGUCCAUGUUUAUAAAUUCUCUGAGAGGGUUCACUUUUGAUGGCUGCCAAAUAUAUACUAAACAGCGUUGCGUCGUUAAACUUAUAACUUUAUGGCUGAAACACAAACACGCUUCAGCUUCGGCUUCGCCUGACGUUUACAAGUUCAGCCAUAGGAAUUCAAUGCAUGCUAUCACUAUCACAAUGAAGCUUUGACCUCACGUUUCAUUUGACAAUCGUAAGAAAAUAACGUUAUGUUACGUAAUGUGACUCCAAAGGGGAUCUCUAGUUCAAAAUUGAUGAACAUUUGCUUCGUCUGACAGCUCAACAGAUGUAAAAAGUCAACAAACAAAAUACAUUUGCACUUCGAGGGAUUCCCAUUGGCUAUUAUAGGCUGUGUAAGCUAUUUCCGCCAUAAAUUUAUUUUGUUCAAUUUCAAAAGUCAAAACACGGCUUCAGCUUUCUCUGCGUUGCAAUGGGUCUGCUUCGAGGUUGCUUUGAAUGACAUUUCUAAAAGGACACUUCUGUCAUUAGCAGCUGUUAUUUUUUCUCAAAAGUUUGUUUUGAUUUUUCG